AUGGAGUCCAACCCCGCUGGCUCCUUGCCGCGUCAUAACCACCUUCACCACCAACACCCCACUUUCAACCCCGUCCACCUCCACAACCAGCACCACCAGCACCCCUCCUUGCUUCAGUUCCCUCCUAACCAGUCGCCAUACCCUCUGCACCAACAGCAACAGCAGCAUCUCAGCCGAGGAUUACCGCAGCAGCAACAGCAACAGCAACACCAGCAACAACAUCAACACCAGUUGACUCUGGAUGGUUCGAACAGCGGAUAUCUCGGUUCCAGUGCCCUGAACCGUCCUGCCCCUACUCGUCAAAGCCAACUUCAGAGUCGCCAGAGCGUGCCCUUGUUCUCCACCGGUACUUCAUCAGGUCACCAAACUCCAACUCAAGAGACUCCCAACAUGACUCCAUCAUCCAACAACCAGCAACAUCGCUUCUCGAGAACACCCAGCCCCAACCGUUCGAUCGCUCACUCGCCCCCCUCGUACAACGGAAUAAGCACCAGCAACAGCGGCGGCUUUUCUACCGGAAGACUGUCGCCGGUUACAUUCUUCCCAGGAGCCCAACCGCUCUUUGGACAGGGUCAAGGUUUCCAGGACGCUGUCUCUGCUCGGAACCUGGGGAACUCGUCCCAGCACCCUUUGCAGCCGCCCUCGGCCUCGUUUACUCCUCUGUCGAUAGCGUCUCAUCCCAAUCACCGCCAGGACAGUAUGAGCCAUGGCGAGGGCCUCAGCAGAAGCAACAGCGGCAACCACUGGUCCCUUUCGAGUCAGUUCUCAUCCCAUCCCGACCAAACGCCGCUCAGUAUACCCCAAACCCUCUUCCUCGGACAGACGGACGCAGCGGCUUCGUUCUAUGGGUCGAAUGGAGAGCAGGAUAUUCCCCUAGGGCCGUUCAUCCCGUCCCCUCUACCGUCCUAUCCGGCUAGCCAACAGCAACAGCAACAAUACCAACAUCAAGCCUUUAAUCAGCAGCAGCAGCAGCAGCAGCAGCAGCAGCGCGUGGGACGCCCCCUAUCGACUCAGAUGAGCUUUGCAGGCACGCCCAUUGUUGCCCCUAUGCCGACACAACAGCGGGUCCUCCAACACAGCGUGCCACACACGCCUGCGUUCCAUCCUCAGAAGCAACCCCCGCCCUUGCCGCAUUUCCAGCAACCACCACAGGCGUAUCAACAGCCAUUUCCACAGCUGCAGUCACAGCCAGUUUCUCACGAGGACAAUGCCCACAAGGGCAGAAUUCCCAUGAACAGGUCUGACUCGGACGGAGCGCAAGCAAGCGUCCUCAAGAUCCCUCCUGGUUACUUCCCCAUCUUCAAUGGCAAUGAGUGGGUCAUGAUCUCGCACGCCGCAGCUACUGUUGCAGGCAUUCCGAUUCCCAACCCUCAGAACAGUCCUUCGCACGGGUCGGGAAGUAGCGCCAAUGGACAUCGUUCGUCGAUGCUGCCUCAGCACCGAUAUGACGACGGCGUCUUGUCAUACUCUGCCUCUCCUCCUCCUACUGAGAAUCAUAACCGCCAGGGCGCUGAGGCUGGUCGCAUGAUGAACGGCGGCUCCGACCUAUCUCGCACAGGAUCCGAAUCUCGUCGAGGCUCGAACCCCACUCAGGUCACCUCAAGCCGCGCCUCUAGUCCGGCAGAUUACAAGAGAGCUGCCAAGAGUCCUGCGUCGUACUCACCCCACCAGGAUGAAUCUUCGCACACUGUUCAGGAGAAUUUGGAUUUGCUUGAACUUCUUCAAAAGUAUGACUACCUCUCUGCCUGGAGUCGACAGGGGAAAUCAACAACACCCAGCGAAUUGGGAAGCCCCGUUGAUGGCACCACCACCCCCAAGAAACAGGAACCGUUCGAAAAGUCGCUGGCACUAAAGGAGAUUAUUGAGUGGAUUGAGGAGCACAAGGACUACUUGUUGCGGGAGCAGCAGGAUUUACUCGUUCCCGGUCAAAUCGACUUUGGAAACAUCAACCCCAAGGCGGAGGUGGCUCGCAAAACGAUUAGGAUCGAGAACCAUGGACCCAAGAUUGUUCAGCUUCAAGCGCUUAAGAUAAUCCCGAACGCCUUUGACCAGCUGAGAUGUAUCUCUCAAGAGGUCAUCUACGCGCAUCCCGCUAAUGGCAUUGAGCCGAUGUUUGGCAAUAUCGACAUUGAGCUGUCCACGGGGGCCAACCUUGGAUUCUUCUCGAGCUGGCUGCUGAUUCUCAUUAACGAGUCGUCGCUGAUUGGCCGCAAGAUAACAUGGAACGUCACCAACAACACACAGCUGGAUCGUGAUAUCGACCCUUAUGCAAAGGCGUUUGCUCCGCAGUGGCUGCGCAAUCUCAACUUGGCGAAGCCUCGCAUGGUAAUCACUGGAGAGCCGGUGGAAACAAUCGACUUUCAGGACUACCUCAAGUCGGUCGAGCACCCUUGCUACAAGAAGCACAACGGGAAGUUUUCCUUGGAGCCGCAGCAAGUCGAGUCGCAGGAGGUCAUCCUCCCAGGACAGAUCAGUAUUGACCUCUCAGCCGACAGCUAUGCGUCUCGCCUACUGCCUCUUCUUCAGGUCGAGAAGCAUCAUUCUGAGGAGGACGUGUCGUCCUACAACUUGUUUAUGGUCGAGAUCAAGCUCUACGAUGCUGCCGCCAACUAUUUCCAGAUCCAAGUUGGUGGACUCGCUGAGAGAUGUCCUCUCCUCGUUCGCGGUGAUACUAUCAUCGUACGCCAGGUGACCGGCGGAGUGUUUGCAGGAAUCGAAUACCGGACGUUUGUUCACGGGACCAACAUGCGGAGCAACAGCAUCUACGUUCACCUUCCAAUUGGAGCCUCGCCGUCGCUUGCCCAUGAGCGCUGGAACGUCCAGUUCCAGGUCAACAACCAUCGCAUCCGAGAGAUGUAUCGAGCUGUCAGUGGAGUUCAGGAGUACAUUGGCUACCACCCUCGAGAUCCGGUUCAAGACUCAAAUGGAGACGGUGAAGGAGACAGGAACUACUCGCCACGGUCAUUCUUAUUCCCGACGAUUCAUGAUGCUCAGCCAGUGAAGGAACUUCCCCACUUGACGCUGGAAUUUGUGGACCCGUCCUUGAACUGGGAGCAAAAGGCCACUGUCCAGAGCAUUGUCAGGAAUGACUAUGGCCUGGUCCCUUUUAUCAUUUCAGGGCCUCCUGGCACUGGAAAGACCAAGACGUUGACUGAGAUCGCUCUCCAGAUUCUCAUGAACGACACGCAGUCCCACAUCUUGAUCACUGCGCCCUCCCACUCUGCAUGCGAUACAAUCAUGAAUCGACUUAUACCCUACCUGAAGCCGCAGUACUUGUUCCGACUCAAUGACCCCACCCGAACCUUUGCCGAGGUCCCCACAGCCAUCAUGCCCUACUGCUUUGGCUCGGUUUACUUCAACAUGCCGCCGCUUGAUGACCUCCUGCGUUUUCGUAUAGUUGUCUGUACUUGCGCCGACGCAGGUAUGUUGAUCUCGGCCGGUGCAAGCAACCAGAGUCUGCGCGAGUAUCUCGCCCACAAGGGUUUGACGAACGACGGGGACCAGAGUCGAUCCCAUUGGACGCACCUGCUGAUCGACGAAGCCGCUCAGGCUAUCGAGCCAGAGACCGACAUCCCCUUGCUCUGCAUUUUGGAGGAGACAGAGGCCGCGCCUCUGGUCGUUCUCUGCGGUGACCAUCAACAGCUUGGACCCAAGACGUUCUUGCCAGAGCUACAGUUGUCUUUCUUGGAGCGCCUGAUCACAACCGAGCCUCUUUACCGCGACCAUCCUUUGAACAGGCAGUUCUCUCGUCGCAAGGCACCCUUUACCGCCGGGGACAGGAGAUCCAAGGAUAUGGAGCUCCUGGGUAAAACAAUCCCUUGCUUUGCCAACCUGGUCCAGAACUAUCGCUGCCACCCCAAGAUGUUGAUGAUGCCCUCGGCCAUGUUUUACAACGACACCUUGGUUGCUUCGGCGGAUGACGCUACGAUCAUGUCUAUGUUGGGCUCACCUAUCUUGCCCAACCCGGAAUGCCCCAUUGCCUUUGUUGGCGUGAAUGGUCUGGACGCCUCUCAGGUGAAUGAAGCAGUCUCGUGGUACAAUGAAGCCGAGGCCGAAAAGGUUGCUUCGACCAUCGAGAGACUUCUUACACGCUCGAAAGAUGAGGGCGACACAUUCAAGGUCAAGACGUCCGAUAUCGGAGUGAUUGCACCUUUCAGAGAGCAGGUCAAGCUCUUGCGACAAAUGCUUCGAUCUCGGGGCUACGCCAGAGUCAACGUUGGAACAGUAGAGGACUAUCAAGGACAGGAGUACAGGAUCAUGCUUAUUUCGACUACCCGAAGUCGUGCUAAGUAUCUUGACCAGGAUGUUCGCCAAGGUCUUGGAUUGGUUCACUUCAGGAAGAGAUUCAAUGUUGCCCUCACUCGCGCUCAGGCCAUGAUGGUGAUCGUUGGAAAUCCGGAGCUUCUGGUGCUCGACGACCAUUGGGCGGAUUACCUUCACUUCUGCCUUCGCAAUGGCGCGUACACUGGCUGUCCAUUGCCGGAUUCGAUUCUGAACACCCAUGCCACUGGACAGAAGGGAAGGACCUUGAUUGGACGAUUGGAGAUGAACUCGUUCGUUUCGCAGUAUGUGGAUAAUUUGGAUCGUCGCAGAUGGUUGGGGGGAAAUGUGGAAAACGAGCAGGAGGGCUUUAUUGUGGUGCCUUCGGGAUCCGAGUCCGGAUCGGAUGCGGACGACGACGAUGAGAAUGACGAGGAAGAUGAAGGGCAAGGGGAUGACAACAGCGAGGGUGGAUUUGACCAAGGAAUCUAUGACGAGAGUAUUGAGGGACUGAGCCACGCACUGAGCCAUGAACUAGAUUUGAAUGAUGAGUUUGGUCAGGGAGCCGUGCGCAGGCCAGGAGGACAGGAGCAGAAGAAUGCCAAGGCCGAUGAUCUGGAGAAGGAGGACCGCGAUGAUGAAGACGACGAGACGCGCGUUGCAAAGGAGCGUCUUGCACUCGGGUCAUUGAAUAUGGACGAUGAUACACCUGAACUGCAGUCCAGGCAUCUCAACGGAAUGUUGUCGAGUCACCCAAGUGAUCGAGUACCCUUUGGGCCAUUGCUGGGACAACUUGGUCAGAGGACGGGGAACAACGCCAUUCUUCGGAACCAGCGGCUCAACGACUAUGGAUCUGAGGAUCGCCCCCAGCAGCAGCAACAACAACAACAACAACAAAAGCAGCAGCAGAAGCAAAAGCAAAGACACAGCCCUAUCCUCUCUCCGAUCUCUUGGCCGGCCAAUGAUCGGGAGUUCAAGCGAAUGUCCAACUCGAAGCUCGUCCUUGAGCGAUCGUUUGACCCCACCGAGCAGGACAUCUUUGAAGAAUACUAG